AGGGAGGCACCCAAACCCAUUCCGAUAGUCUGUAGUGCCCAGCUUGAUCACGUGCCAAAGCAGUAUGGUGCGGCUUACCACGGACCAUUGAGUCGACAAGGUACCGAGGAGUUAUUAGCUGGGCAGCCUUCGGGAGCCUACCUCAUUCGUGAUAGUCAGCGAGCAGAUGGUGCUUUUACCUUAGCCAUAAGAUUCGAUGAUUCAACGAAAAACUACAAAUUGUUCUAUGAUGCUACCUCAAAACUUCACUUUGUUGGUGAAAAGAAAUUUGAAUCAGUCGAUCAACUAGUGGCUGAUGGAUUGAUCUACCUUUAUAUCGAAUCCCGCGGAGCUGAUAUUCUUCAGAAACUGUCUGAAGCUAACAAUUACGAAUAUUCGCCUUAUUAUAAGACUCGAUAUCACACAGUAAAUGCUGUUCCACCACCCCCGCCUACGAGACAAAGUUUGGCGCCCUCAUCAAGGCUCGUGGUUUCGGCCAUCAGUGGCCCUAACCAUCGGCGUCAGUCCUCGGUAGAUGAACUGCUUGAUGGAUAUCAAAAAACCCCGACUACUCAGCUCUCCGAAUUUAAUCCUCCAGUAGAUAAAGAGGCUCCCAACGGUGAUAUCUCUGAUUCCCCGAAGAAUUCCUCGGCCGUGUUGUGCGGACCGAUUGAAAAACCGGCCCGAAGCACCUCACUGCCUUUUCCCAGACCUCCGCUGAUUGAGUCGUCCACAGACUCCUCUCUCUCGCCCAGCGCCAAGCCGGGCAGCUCAACUAGCACCAGCAGCGGUGACGCCAGUUUAAAUAGUCGCCAGUCUGGCGGCAGUGGCAACGGCCGCCGGAAAGGAGGCAGCAGCAUUCACCACCACCGAAGUCUCGCUUCCACCCUGCCGGUAAGUCUAGAUGGUGGGCUGGACGUCGAUGGCAACCGGGCCUCCCUACAUGUCGUCGGCGCGGUUCCCCCCGCGACUGCAACAGCGGCGACUCCAUUGGCCAUCAUACACGUCGAUGUAGAGAAGGCACAUGCCUUCCGAGUGCACACCUUCCGAGGACCGCAUUGGUGCGACUUCUGCACCCACUUCAUCUGGGGUCUGGUUUCGCAGGGUGUAAGAUGUGUCGACUGUGGAUUUCAGGCACACAAACGCUGCUCAAUAAGCGUCCCUAAUGACUGUCUUCCAGACAUGAAGCGCCUAAAGCGAGUCUUCGGUGUCGAUCUGACGAGUUUGGUUCGCGCUGAAAACAGGACUGUCCCUCAGGUUCUGGUCAAAUGUAUCACGGAGUUGGAGCGACGAGGUGGCCUCAUGACUGAGGGUGUUUACAGGGUUCCUGGUAAUCAGGAGAUUGUCGAGGACUUCCGCAUCGCAUUGGACAAAGACUGUGAAUCAGUUGAUCUCUCGGAGAAACGAUGCAGUGACUUGAAUACAAUAACAAGUCUCAUUAAGUCCUUCCUUCGCCAGCUUCCCAUUCCCCUGAUCACCUAUGAGGCCUACCCUGAACUCAUUGAAGUUUCGCGUGAGUCAACCCAUCUUUCAUUCAUUCUGGAACACGGUCGGUGCUGUGGCUGCAGGGUGCCUCUUUUUACUCUCCUCCUCCUCCCUCCCCCUCCAACGUUUGGGAUUGGAAGCAUUAAUCGAAUUUGUACGUACGUCACGCAUAACCAAAUGGCCUUGGUUACCGGUGAACGCCCUCCUCUUGAACCCAACUGGCGUCGCCGUAAAUUACUAAAGGGUCACAGCGGCAUUCCCGGCUGUCCUCGAGACGAACCUUCCGUCCUGCUAAGCGAUGAGCAGUUAUCAGACGAGCAGAAACAUGACCUUCUCAAAGGCUGCGUUCAGCGGUUACCGCCUGCCCACUACCACUGUCUGCGAUACCUCAUGGCUCACUUGAAUAGUGACAGCUUCAGCAUCCCACUCUACCAUAGUUACCGUUUCAUGCGUCAUCGCAUCCGGAAGUCGACUUUCCUGCCUCCUUUCAAUCUGCAUUCAGUAGCGCUGCGGAAGGCAGUUGCGGCCAAUCAGCAGUCAAACAUGAUGACAUCCGAAAACCUCGCCAUUGUUUUUGCGCCGAGCUUAAUGAGCUCCUCCUACACGGAUCCCCUCAGUUGUCUAGCUGGGGCUAAAUUCGAACAGGCAGUGGUAAACCGUCUAAUUGUUGAUUUCCCAUCGAUUUUCGAUGGUGACGACGGCGUAGCUACUAUUCCCCUCUCCUCCUCAACCUCUACCACAACUUCCCGAUCAACAAACGCCUCUUCCCGCUGA